GUCAUCUCCUAGAGCCAGUAAAAACCGUUACCGUGCGUAUAUUGUAUAAUAUUUUAUUCGUUUAUCACUUGUAAAAUUUUAGAUUGUAAAUCAUAAUAAGUUCUAGAAAUUACUCCUAAAAAAUUAGGAAACUUAAAAUCGUAUGAGCUUUUUAGACUGAUUUCCCAGGAAACGCUGAUUUUUCGAUCCAUUAAAAUGAAUGUACCGCAAGCGAUUAUUGAUGAAGCGACAAAUGUGGCGGCAAGUUUGUUGCCCGAAAAAUCUUCGGAAAGAUACGAGCACGAGUACGCCGAAUUCAAAAAAUGGCAAAACGAAAACAAUGUGACUGGUAUUACAGAAGACGUUCUAUUAGCGUACAUCAGUAAUUUGUCUAAAAAAUAUAGCCCAAAUUCUUUAUGGUCAAAAUGGUCAAUGGUUAAGAGCUGUCUGCAGGUUAGAGAAAACAUUGAUGGCCGGAGAUUUCAUAAAGUGAUUGCAUUUUUGAAAAGGCGAAAUGAACGCUACCUCCCCAAGAAAGCUAAAACUCUGACGAAGGAGCACGUGGAAAAAUUUAUAUUAGAAGCUCCUGACGAUAAAUGGUUGCUCGCCAAAGUCAUUACAAUUUUUGGUAUAUUUGGUUGUUGUCGGUGCGAUGAACUGUUAUCCCUCACUUUAAAUGACGUGGAGGAUUUGGAGAAAUAUAUUGUUGUGACCUUACGCGAAACUAACAAUUAAGAUUUACAAUAACAGAUGAUGGGUGUAGUUUCAAACCCUGUGUUAUUUAUCGAAAAUAUGCCGCUUUACGUCCUCACAGAAGUAAGGACCUGCGGUUGUUCUUGACGUACCGGAAUGGAAAAUGUGUCGCCUUAAAUGCAGGUCAACAUACUGUUGGAACAGUACCCAAAAAGAUUGCUGAAUAUUUAGGAUUACAAGAGGCCGCGUUGUAUACAGGUCACUCAUUUAGACGGACUGGAGCAACGAUGAUUGUUGAUGGUGGUGGUGAUAUUUUAGCUCUAAAACGUGCAGGGGAGUGGAAAUCAACAACAAUUGCA